AUGAGGGUGUUUCACAUGUCUCUCUGCAGCCCUUCCGUCAUUGAGAACAGUUUGGCCCAACUCAUAUUCCUCCCCAACACGCAUGACACACUUCUUUUUACUAUUUUUACAGACCUGACCAAUGGGAGCUGCCAUAUUCCUCUGGAAACAGAUCAAGUCGGUUUAACCUACAUCUACAGCCUGGCCUUCUCUCUUGGUCUCCCGGCUAAUCUGCUUUCCCUCUGGGGACUGUACCAACUGGGUCGCUCGAGUGGAAGCAGCACCCAGCAGGUUUACAUCUUUAAUCUUUUGCUGUCAGAUCUUCUUCAGCUGCUCACCUUGCCUCUGUGGAUCCUGUACCUACAAAGGGGCCACCACUGGCCAUAUGGCUCUAUUACCUGUCAGUUGGUGGGCUACGUCUUCUAUGUAAACAUCUACGCAAGUGUAAUCUUCCUGUGUCUCAUCGCCCUGGACCGAUGUCUGGCCAUCGUCUACCCGCUAAGCAGCCGGAGUGUGAGAAAGGUCCGGUUGUCUGCAUUCUCCGGAGUUGUAGUUUGGACUCUCAUAUUUCUCUUCUGUCUAAUUGGUCUCUACCCAUCUGUGUUUGAACACAAGAUGGGCUUGUGUCUGGAGCAGUAUCCUGUCAGCCCAAGAUACGCCUACUUUAAGAUAGCCACAGUGGCACUGGGUUUUCUAAUGCCAUGCUCUAUACUAGGCUACACCUCUGCCAGAAUUGGGGUAACUCUACGCAACUCUCCCUCCAUCUCGGCCCAUGAGCGCCGCAAAAUUGUGGGCACCCUGACAGUCAUUACCAUCAUUUUUAUUAUGGUCUUCGGCCCCUAUCACAUGGUGGGAGGUUAUAGAUUUGUGGCACUGAUGAUAACUGAAGACCAGUGUACACUGGAACGCUCUAUCUACCUGUACUACAGGAUCUGCUAUGGACUAACCAGUCUUAAUACUCUGUUAGAUCCUCUCUUUUAUAUCUUUCUUUGUCAAAAUGCCCGUCUUGAACUGCAGAGGUCUCUCCCCUGCCUGCGCAACCAGGUCUGACAGCCAUGAUUUAAAUACAUUUAAAAGAUUAUCUGGGGUCAUCGGGUCAUUGCUGGUUCAUAAACAUGUUAUGUUCUGUCAUGGCUUAUCGGUUAUCUGUAAUGAGUGGCAUUUCAGACCUUCAGGACUAAGUGUAACUGGAUUAACAGGUAUGACACUUACAUAGGCUACAUGUUGUGUCACGUAGCCUACCUAGCCUAUAUGUUGUACUGUAUUGUUUCCCGUAACCGAUAUAGCCAAUAUUAAUUUCUGAAGUGAGAACCCUUUCUGGCAAGCACUACAACAAACACAAAGGCAGUGGGAAGGGUGAAAACUGUAAGUGAUUGCAAAGUUUACUUCACACUUCACACUGUAGCAUAUGUGAACUGCCCAGAUGCCUUGCACUUGAUAUGAAGUAUUAUUAUACAGAGGGCAUUGUAUUAAUGUUUCUGAUUUUCUUGAUGUGUAUUCUUUACAUAAGGACAUUACUAAAGAACAUUUGGUCGGUUCAAUCAAUGAGCUUAAUAUAACCAUGUUAAAGUAUAGCCAUUACAACAAACAUAAACAAUGAUAAUGUUAGAGCCACUUUUACAUUUGCUAUUGCGCUAAAUGAACUAAAAUAAGACUAAAUUAAUACCAUGACAUUUAUGUCAGAAACCAGACUUGCCGUAAACCUCACCAGGAUAAAGUGGUUAAUGAAAGUAAAAUGAAGUGAAAUGUAUUAUUUAUUUCACUAACUGCUUAAGCUUGGUCAGGGUUGCAGUCCGUCUGGCACCAAUCAGUGGAAACACACAUUUACAUCUCAGAGUAACUCGCACCUAAGAGAAAUUUAAUUUUGCACAUUGUUAGAAAGUUGGAGGAAAUCAGGGUAAAUAGAGCAAAUCAGUAGAAAAAAAAUACAAAAUCUUUUACAGACAAAACAGCAGUGAGGACUGAACACAGGACCUUAGAGAACAUGUUGCUCUGCAACUCUUUCUCAACCAGUUGUGCUGCCAUGCCAAGCCUUUUGUGUGUAACUGUCUAAUUACACAGAUAGUAAUUACAAAAUCCAUCUUCACAAAAUUAAGAUUUUGUAAAAUGCACCAGACAACAAUCUGUUACUUGUAUUUUCUGACCAGUGUACAAAUAAAUGACU